AUGGAACAACAAGAUAAUAUUGUCAAUGAAGAGUCUAAUGUCACCGAGAGUUUUGAAUUAGAAGAACAAAAUAAUGAAACUGCUGGAGACUCUAAUAAGCCAGCAUGUGAGCCAGCUGGAGAAAACUCGUUUUACGAGCCAGCUAUGAGAGAGGAGGAGGAUGUAACUCCAAGGCGAAAGGUAAGGUCUUUCAAAAAGAAGUCCAAAAAAGGGAGGAAAAGAAAAAGAUCUCCAUCCUCCUCCUCGUCUUCUUCUUCAGAUAGCUCUUCAGAUGAAUCAGGAGAGGAAAACAAAAUGGUAAAACGAUUUAAGAUAGUUCCCAAAACAGAGGAACACAAGUGGAAACUCCCAACUGGGAUGGCAGAUUAUGCCAACCAGCAUUUUCAGAAUUAUAUAUAG